AUGAAAAGUUUAGAAAAUUAAUAUAAGCAAGAGUAUCCAAAUUUGAUUGCAUGUUUGGUAAGAAACACUUAUCAAUUACCUUUAAUAAAAGCUGAUUUGUAAGACAAAAUUGAUGAAUAGUUUGAUUAAGUAAAAAUAGAAAAUGAAUUUACAAUUGAUACAAAUUUACAUAUAGAAUAAGCAGAAAUAUUUAAAUGCUUUAAUCCUGAAGCUCUAAAUGAAGCUUUAUUUAAGAAUGCCGCAAUUCUUAAAAAAUUUGGAAGAAUAAGAUCAUUAACAUCUAGAGGAUAAUAUUUAGCAGUAGGAAGUAAUUUAGGAGCAGUACUUAAUUUUUAUAUUGGGUCAGAUCCUCCAAAUAAAUCAUAUAUUGAAAUGAAGAGUUAAUUACUUUAUGCAGCUGAUAUAUGUUAAACAGAACAUGGUAGUGUAAAUUAAUUAAGUUUUAAUUUAUCAUAAUCAUAACUUGCUGUUGGUUUUGAUAAUGGUAUUAUUGGAAUAUAUGAUUUAAUAAAUAUGAAACAUUUAAAAUGGGUCAAAGUACAUUAAAUAAGAAUAGUUUCAUUAUAAUAUGUUAAUGAACAUACAUUUGUUUCAGGAGAUGAAUAAGGCAACUGUUUUUUAACUAGAUGUGCUAAAGGAAGAAUAUUUUAUGAUUUAGAUUCCUAAUUCAUUAUUAAAUCAUAACCUAUGUCUAUUAUUAGAUCUAUUCCUAUUAAAUGUAAAACAUUAUUUCAUUAUCCUGAAUAUACUAUUCUUGCUUUAGGAAAUGGAUAUAAAUGUUGGGUAUUAAGAAUUUAAGAUUCAAAUGUUACUUAAUUUACUAUUUUAGCUGAUUUUUUAAAUGAUGCUCCUGAAAAUAAUUAAUGUGUUCUAGAAUGGGACAUUCUUAAAAUUGAUGAUAAGGAUCAUUUAGUUUUAGGUAUCUCUUGGACCAAUUAAACUAAAUCUUUUUUAUUUUAAGGAACUGAAUAUGUAGAAGGUAAAAUUAGAGCUAAUUUUUAAUUACAUAAACAAAUCAAAAUGUCUGCAAAUGUAAUAUAUUAUUAUUAUGUUAGUUUAUUUAUAUGAAUUCGAUUUACAAUGACUUAGUCUUAUUAUUAAAUGAAAAAGGAACUGUAUAUACAAGCAAUUUUUCAAAUUAUAAAUCUCAAAAAAUUAUGUAAAUGGAGGAAUUUGAACCUUUACCACUUAUGUAUUGGAAAGAUAAUAAAUAUGAGAGUCAAUUUAAUGUUUGUAUAUCUAAUAAUGAAAUUCUAUAAGAAAUAUAUAUAUUAACUAGUUAAAAUGUUACAGUUUUAAAAUAUUAUAAAUUUGAAGAUAAAAUAAGGCAUUUUAUGGAAAAUUAAUAAUUUUUAUUAUGCUUUUAAUUAAUAUUAUGCAUACAUAAAAAAGUGUUUAUGGAAUUUGAUAGAUAAAAGUUAAUGCAAUUUGUUUAAUAAAUAAUUGAUUUAUAUUGCAAACAAAUAGCUAGAUUAUAAGUAAGUGGUAAAAUAGAGGAAGCAAAAAAGAGAGGAAUAUCUUUAGUAUAAUUCAUUUUAGAUAUAGAAAGUGAAUAAAAUUUAAAUUCAAUUUGUGAUUUAUUAUCAAAAACAAUAAAUGAUGAAUCAAAAUUUUUUUUAAGUAUUGUUGAACCUUUUAUCAUCAAUAAAUAAUUUAAGUAUAUUCCAGAUGAAAUUUUAUUAAAAUUAAUUUCUUUAUUAAAAGGUUAGAAAGGAAAGAUUUAUUUAUUACUUAAUUAAUUAGAUCUUAAAAGAGUGAAUUAUUCAAUAUAUUUACAAGCUUGUUUGGAAAGUUAAUUAUUUUCUCCAAUGAUUUAUUUAUGUACUCAUUCAACAAAGAAUGAAUUUUUAACACCUUUAUUUUAGAUAUGGAAUUAUAGUAUAAAGUAAUCACAAUUAGAAAAUUUUGAGGAAGAAAUAAUAAGUGUUAGAAAAGUGAUAUCAUUUAUAGAAUAUAUAUUAUUGGGUAAAUUGUAGGAUGGAUAAUAAAUAAAUAUUUCUGCAUUAAAGGUAAAUAAAUAGAAAAUUAAUUAAUUUAGAGUACAAUAGAAAUGAUGAUAGUUUGGAUAUUUGAAGAGAAUAAUUUAAGAAGAAUGAUAUGGGUAGAUCCUUAUGGUUCUUUUUAUAUAUUAUAUCAAAUAAUAUGUACUACAAAAUAGUAUUAAAUAGAAUUAGAACAUUCUAAGCAACUGUAAUUAUUGGAGAUAUUUUAGGAAUAUAUUAUCAAGUGUAUUAAAAAUGUUUAUGAAUCCAACAUAUCGUUGGAAAUUUUAAUAAUAAGAAUUCGAAAUUCAAUAAUAAUAUAAUGAUAUUAAAGGAUAUGAAAACUAUGAUAUUUAAACGGCAUAUUCAUAUUUUAUAAUAAAGGUGAUAUUCAUUUUGAAAUUAGAAGUUGAAUUUGACAUAAUGAUGGACAUAUUAUUAUUUUGUACAUUUAAUAAAUCAUUUCUAUUUUGCAUUGAUUAUAGAUCAUAUGCAGAAGUAAUAGAUAAAAGUGAAUUAGCAUAAUUAGAAUAACAUUAAAGUCAUUCAGAUAUUAUUGAAUAUUUUUAAUAAAGACUAAUGCUUAAAUUUGUUCAUAUUUUAGUGAGUAAAAUCUAAACAACUAAACAUAAAGAAUAAAUAGAAAUGUUAAAUGGAUUUAAAGAUUUAAAGUAAAUUCCAUUAAUUUAAGCAUAUCUUUAUUAAUAUGUUGGAGAAUAUUAAAAUCCUGUUUCUAUUUAUUUAAAAUCUAAUAAUAUUUUAGUAUAAAAAUAAGUAUUUAAAUAUUUACAUGAUACACUAAUUUAGAUGGUAAAUAUAAAUAAUAUAUAUUUAGUAUGGUAAAGAGAUGUAUGCAUAAUUAAAUAGUAUAAUUGUAUCAAAAUUACAAGAUCUAAUAAAUUUAGAUAUACAUAAAACAAGAGAAUUAAUUUGUUAAUUUUAAAAAGAUAAUGAACUCUAAGUAAUUGAAAAGUUGAGUCAAAAUAAAUAAUUAUAAUUAAAAUACAUAGAAACAGUAAUUAAAAAAGAUUUAAAUUCUGAAUUCAGUUUAAAUAAUAUUCUAUUAAUUAAACAUAUAGAGGUAUUUAAUUAUUUAUAAAUAUAUAUAGUUAUUAUGUGAAUUAGAACCAGAGAGAGUUUUAUAAUAAUUAUAAAAAAUUAAUUAUCCUUUAGAAGAAGUAUUAGAAAUAUGCAAAAAAUUUUAAAAUACAGAAUCAACUGCUUAUGUUUAUUGUAGAUUAGGUUUUAUUGGAGAUGCUGUAUAAUUAUAGAUUGUGUUAUUAAAAAAUAUGAUAUCUCAAGUGCUUUCUAAAUCUAUUAAUGUAGAUACUGUAGAACCUAUAGAAUAUUAAUAAAUAUAACAUAAAAUGAAUGAAAUUGUUGAAAUAUGUUAAUAUCAUUCAGAUAAUCCAGAAAAAAGUUGGUAUUAUUUUUUAGAUUGUUUAAUUCAAUUAAAUAAUUAAAUUACAAAUACACUAUUGAAUUAAAUUCUUGUUAGAUAAAUUGGAUAAUUAUUUGAAGUAAACAUUUCUUAAUAUCUAGGAUAUAUCUACACAUACUUCUUUAGAUCUAUUUGCAUAAUAAUUAGGAACUAAAUAUAGCAAUAUUAAUAUUAAAGAUUAUAAAGGAAAUUUUAUUAAAUUAGUCAACACUUUCUCAUAUUAACAUUAUUUUAUUUAAAAUGCUAAAUUUAUAGUUUAACGUGUUUUUAACAAUGAAUCAUUAAAUUUUUUGAGAUCUCAUCUUUAAGGAUAUUUUAAGAUUAAUUAUUGCGAUAUUUGCUAAUAAUUAAUUGAUAAAAAAGGAUAUAUGUAUUUAUGUGGUCAUUUUAUACAUUUUGAAUGUUAAUAAAAAGAUCAUCAAACAUGCUCAAAAUGUUUAUAAUCUGAAAGAUUCUUUUUGGAAUACACUGUUUAAAAAUAAAAAGUCAAAAUUAGUAGAAUGAAAAAUGAUUUAUAAAUUAAACAAUCUGAUACCAAAUAAUUAAGUAAUCAUUAUUUUCAAAAUAGAUCAAACAAAUUAAAGAUAAAAAGAUGAUAAAUCUGAACCAGUUUUUAAUAAUUCAGCCAAGCUUAUGAUAUUUGAUUUAGAUAGAGAAUAGAAAUAAAAUUUGAGAAUUGAAUAAGAUAUUGAUAAAUUAAUCAGAGCUAAUAUGUGA